GAAGUAGACCGUAACUCACAGACAACAGAGAGACAACCAGUGAAUCCCUUGGAAGAGUGCAGAAGGAGACUAUCACAAUGGCGAUAUUGACCAUCAUUCUGCUUGUCAGCACAGCUUUUGCUCUGGGAGAUGCUACGAUACGACCUAAGACCCCAUGUGAGCGUGCUAGAGAUGCCGCGACACAUGGCCCAAUUGGAGCCUACAUCCCAACGUGUGACACCGCAGGACAAUACACCCCUAAGCAAUGUUGGGGCUCUGCAGGUUACUGUUGGUGUGUGACCAGUACCGGACAGGAGAUCCAGGGUACUGAGACUCAACCAGGCACUGCUCCAAUCAACUGCUAGCAACUGUUUCACU